AUGGCGAUCAAGAAGAUUCACGCCCGCUCCGUUUAUGACUCCCGUGGUAACCCCACUGUGGAAGUUGACGUUGUCACCGAGACUGGACUUCACCGUGCCAUUGUUCCCUCUGGUGCUUCCACUGGUCAGCAUGAAGCUUGCGAGCUUCGUGAUGGAGACAAGACCAAGUGGGGUGGCAAGGGUGUGACCAAGGCCGUUGACAAUGUUAACACCAUCAUUGCCCCCGCAGUUAUCAAGGAGAACCUCGAUGUGAAGGACCAGAGCGCCGUUGACAAGUUCUUAAACGAGCUUGAUGGAACCGCCAACAAGACUAAGCUUGGCGCAAAUGCCAUCCUUGGUGUCAGUCUAGCCAUUGCUAAGGCUGGCGCUGCCGAGAAGGGUGUUCCCUUGUACGCUCACGUCUCGGACCUGGCCGGCACCAAGAAGCCAUAUGUCCUUCCUGUCCCUUUCCAGAACGUCCUGAACGGUGGUUCCCACGCCGGUGGCCGCCUAGCCUUCCAGGAGUUCAUGAUUGUUCCCUCCAGCGCUCCUUCUUUCUCAGAGGCCAUGCGCCAAGGUGCUGAGGUCUAUCAGAAGCUGAAGGCUCUUGCCAAGAAGAAGUAUGGUCAGUCUGCUGGCAAUGUCGGAGACGAGGGUGGUGUUGCCCCCGAUAUUCAGACUGCCGAAGAGGCCCUUGACCUGAUUACCGAGGCUAUUAAAGAAGCUGGCUACACUGGUAGCAUGAACAUCGCUAUGGAUGUUGCCUCCAGCGAGUUCUAUAAGGCGGAUGUGAAGAAAUACGACCUUGACUUUAAGAACCCCGACAGUGACCCCAGCAAGUGGAUCACCUACGAAGAGCUUGCUGCUCUCUAUGGUGAACUGGCCAAGAAGUACCCAAUUGUGAGCAUCGAAGACCCCUUCGCCGAGGAUGACUGGGAGGCCUGGAGCUACUUCUACAAGACCCAAAACAUUCAGAUCGUUGGUGAUGACCUAACAGUCACCAACCCCAUCCGCAUCAAGAAGGCCAUUGAGCUCAAGGCUGCAAAUGCCUUGCUCCUCAAGGUCAACCAGAUCGGAACAUUGACUGAGUCCAUCCAGGCUGCUAAGGAUUCAUAUGCCGAUGGCUGGGGUGUCAUGGUUUCCCACCGCUCGGGUGAGACCGAAGAUGUUACCAUUGCCGACAUCGUCGUAGGUAUCCGAUCUGGCCAGAUCAAGACCGGUGCCCCUGCCCGUUCCGAACGCCUUGCCAAGCUUAACCAGAUUCUUCGCAUUGAGGAGGAGCUCGGAAGCAACGCCAUCUACGCUGGUGCCAACUUCCGUACAGCUGUCAACCUAUAA